GGAAAGGGGUGUAGCGCCUGCGGACAGCAUUCAGUACUGAAGUGCGGCUCGGAAGCCGUCUUCUGCGAACUACCUGCGUUAUUUCAGUACUUUACUCGCACGAAGCGCUAUAGUUAUAAAGCGCGCUUUCCCCGCUUCACUGUGAUUGUGUGCAGGCUGUAGACGGACGCGCGGUAUCUGUUUCCGACCGAUGCAGAAAGACAGCAACUGAUCCAGUGCACCGGAGAAGCCGGCAAUUCAAUACGGGGUUUUAAUUUUCUCCAGUCAAACAAGGCCGUAUAAAUGCCAUAAAUGCCUAGAAUAGAAGAGAUUCCGCAAACGUCCAAUGUGAUGCAUCUGUAUAAGAAGAAAAUUAGUCGAUUAAGAUGGGUAAUAAGCAAACGAUAUUUACUGAUGAACAGCUAGACGCCUAUCAGGACUGCACAUUCUUCACACGCAAAGAGAUCUUGAGGUUACAUGGACGCUACCACGAACUGGCCCCGCAUUUAGUUCCGAUGGACUAUACCAACGACCCUGAUGUCAAGGUCCCCUUAGCCCUUAUAGUCAACAUGCCUGAACUGAAGGAAAACCCCUUCAGAAACCGUAUCGUGGAAUCCUUCUCUGAGGAUGGAGAGGGCAAUCUCAGCUUUAACGAAUUUGUGGACAUGUUCUCCGUCCUCAGCGAAACAGCCCCCAGGGAACUCAAGGCUAUUUACGCGUUCAAAAUAUAUGAUUUCAACACGGACAAUUUCAUAUGCAUGGAGGACCUGGAGAAGACUUUGAACAGGCUGACCAAGGAGGAACUGACACCCGAGGAGGUCAAGCUGGUGUGCGAGAAAUCCAUCGAGGAAGCGGACCUGGAUGGCGACAGCAAGCUUUCGUUUGCCGACUUUGAAAACAUGAUUUCAAGGGCUCCAGACUUUUUAAGCACCUUCCACAUACGAAUCUGAGGGGCGCCGGCAGGGAAGACGUGCUGUUGGAAGGCGACAGUGCGCCUGGCUGCCCCUCAUUCAUGCUGCCCAGGACACUCGCUGACAUUGCACCAGCCGUGCAGUUAGGGCUUUCUGGGGGGGAGGGGGGCGUGCCCGAUCCCCCCCCCCCUCCCUCCGAGUGGCUGAUUUACCGCAGUGGAGUGUCUGCCUCUUACACAUGAGCAAAAACCGGAGUCCCUGGUCAUGCCAGUCAGCAAGGAGACGCAGAGACUCUCGACUGGCGUGGCGGGAUUCCGCAUUUCCUGUUCCUGUAUCUCCGUUUUUUCGGCGUCCGCAUUCCUGCACCUGCUGCAUCUCCGUUUUUUACGGACGCCCCUGACAGCUGAUGCAUGCCCCUGGAAACUCCUGUGACUCGUAAACGGAAGACUCUCACACCUUUGGGUCCUGCCUGCAGCUUAAGUGUCAGACUUAAUAUACAUAUUUAUAAUGUGGGAAGGUUACAUUUUGGAAGUACAGCGUGUGCGAGCCGCCUCACCUGGACGUCUUUCCCCAGCGCGGACGCCGAAGCCAGGGAACCAAGCACAGCCCUGUCACCAAGGACACAGAGACAGUUGUUUAACAGCUAUGCAAUCUUUCUCUAUGACAUGCAUGAACGCAACUGUAAAUUGCAAAUCGCUUUAUUGUUCUAAUUCCAGUAUUGAGCUACUGGACCAUGAUGACAAUCAGACCUAACUGUUCUCCAGUUGAAGGAAGGGCUUUUUCAUUUCCAAUCCAACUGUCUUUUUAUUACGCUUUAAUAUCUGUGUCUCUAUUUAACUUAGACCAUCAGCCUCAACAGGACCCAAUUCAAUUUCCUUCUGUAUUUGAUGUGAUACAGAACAUUUGGCUCAAUUCUGAAUAAAUGUUUUUUUUUUUUUUUUUGCUUGUUAAAUUACUGAAUCAAUCUUUUGCUAUUUCUAGUGGCUUAUUUCUGAAUUAUAAUCACUGAAAUACAUUAUAAUAUACACAAAAUGAAAUCGUAUAAUGAUUAAAAAGAAAUUACUUAUACUCUACACCUCAA